UGAUGAAGAAAAGAGGAUACUUUGAGUUUAUAAUAUGCUUCAGUUGUUGAUUGAUAUCGUAACAGUUAGGACCAUUGUAAAAUAUAUUAUUAAAUUUGGCGAUAUCAUAACGAAAGUGUGAUAUAUCUGAAAAGAACAAAUUUUAGUUACAGGAAAAUAUUACAGAAGCGAUAUAUACAAAAACGACAUAUAAAGAAGCAAUAUAUUAAAAGGAAUUUACACAAAUAUUUAUAUAAAAAAAAAAAAAAAGAAAAAGAAAAAGAAAUAAAAUGGCAUUAAGUUUAGCAUUACCAUUAUCCGGAAUAGAAGCCGAACAUUUUUACGCACUAGGAAUGAGAAUACUAUAUGAACAAGGUUUAAGAACAUUAAAUGGGAUUGGACCUAUAUCACCCAGUAUUGGAAGUGAAUCCAGUGGCAUUAGUAGUCUCACUCCUUCUCUGGAACCUGAUUUUAUAUUGAAUAAUCCCAAUUCUACAGCGCCUUCAUCACUUGCUACUUCCACAGAAGAUUCGGGACAAGGCGAUAGAUUAAAUGACAUAGAAGUAAUAAAUGUUCCAUGUAAAGUAAUCUAUUGCGGGCGAGACAUAUUAAACUUAGGUGCAAAUAUGCGAGAACCAUCCUGGCGACUAUUGAUCCCAUAUACUUGCAACCAUAAUAAUGUCACGGACAAUAACUCGAAUUAUCAUCUUUUAAGCGAAAAAGCACUGACUGAAGAAUAUCCAAUGAAAAAAUGCUCAGACUGCGGCUUCUCUGAAUUAUCACUUUCUUCCUGUUUUUAAUACUAUUCCGAUCUAUCACACAAUCGCCAAUGAAAUAAGUUAAAUAUUAUCAAUAGUAUGACACAACGACAUCAAAGAACAAUUGCUUUAAAAAAAAAAAAAAAGAAACAAAAAAAAAACUAUUAAAAAAAAAAGGAUUUUGUCAUUUUGUCAUUUUGUUA